CUUCCUUCAUUGCUGUGAUGAGAAAGACACACCAAAAAUCCGAUGGGUUAUAUGUUGAUGAGAGAGAGCGACUAAUUGCUGAAGCGUAUGAUGAACAUCUUCUAGAACGCUUGGCACAAAUGGAGUCCUCUAAUGGAGAGGUUUUGACAAUGGAUUCUCUGACCAUCGAGGAGAAAAAUGACAUCUAUGUUAAGAUUGCUGGUAUAUCGAAACAAGGUCGUGUAUUUGGACUUGGAUCACUCCAAAGUGGGGUUUCUAUGUCUUUAGAUGGUUCGGCUGUGCCCCCUCAAGCUACUGAAGAAGUAGGAACACUAACGCUACUGAGUUCAAGAGCUGGAAAUGGAAUUGCAAAAGAGUCGUGAAGAUAGUGUGGUUAUUCAAAAACGACUCGAUUCUGUGGAGCAAAUGAUUCAAUCUUUUGCAGGUCCCAGUGGAUCAAAUGCAGCAGCUCCAUCUACUCCACAAACUUCCAUGGGUGUUGGUUCGUUUGCUCAUGCUACGUAGUUUGGUUUUACUUUGUUUGCUAAUGCUAUUUGCUUA